GAUGCAGUCUUAGCUUGCAUCAUUAAGGCUGCAUCCAGAUACUAUUGGUCUAGUUUAUUUGAAUAUGUUUAAGUUUGGAUUUUUCUUAUUUAUUGCUGCUGUGGUCACUUUGAAUUUGGAGCUGUGUUUCAGUGCUUGUGCUCGUGCAGAAUAUGAGAUAAAUGGAGAAUGCUGCCCCAUGUGUGCACCAGGAAACCGUGUUUACUGGCGUUGUACUAUUGAUACUGUCACUACUUGUGUUCCAUGUCCUCCAUUAACAUACACUGACGAACCCAAUGGUUUAUACACGUGCUUUCGUUGCACGCCUUGUGGCGCAGCCAGUGGUCUGAGAGUAAAGAAGACCUGCACACGAUCUUCAAAUACUGUCUGUGAGCCACUAGCAGGAUUCUACUGUAUUCACCAAAAAAAGGAUGGCUGUAGUUUUGCACUAAAACACUCUAGAUGUCAACCUGGACAAUAUAUCAAACAAGCAGGCACCGGCUCCACAGAUACUGUAUGUGCAGACUGUACUGGAGACACAUAUUCAGAUGGAUCUUUCUCAUCCUGUUUACCGCACACAAAAUGUGAGGACACUGGACUUACUGAAACAAAUCUAGGAACACAUUCAUCUGACACUCAAUGUGGAAAUCCUACUUCUCCACUAGCCGUUAUUCUUAGUGUUAUAGCUACUUUGAUAUUAAUCAGUACAGUAGUAGGUGUUUUGACAUAUAAGCAGUUUUGGAAGAAAGAACGCUACACAAGAACAGAUCGGCAUCAUUUCAGCGCGUGCCUGCUACAGCUGCCUUUCCUCUCGCACUGUGGGAUUGCGGCUCCGCCUCUGCUUCCGAGGGAGUUGAGAGUAUGGAAGGCCGUUGGGGCCAAAAUGGUUGUUCCCCCCAUUAUGCCCUGA